ACUCAAUUAAAGAUUUAAAAUAUUGAAAUCAAAGAAAUUUGAGUCCUCGUUACAAAUAUAAUUAAUUUAAAACCGUAUAUCAGUGCACUAUUGCAUAACGAAUUUGUUCAUUCAAACUCUGAAGACAACAUAACCUCACAUCAUUAUCAGAAAUUAGCAUGAGUCUGCUUAGAAAAACAUUGAACUGGUAUGCGCGGCUGUCGCCGGCGCGCGGCAAGUCUCUGCCCCCCUACACUCAUGUUGUGCAGAUCGGUGACCCCACACUGAGAAGAGUUUGUGAACCAGUACCACUUGAGAAGAUCAAAACAGAUGAAAUCCAAACUGUCAUCAAGAAGCUCAACUAUGUCAUGAAUAAGUACCACAGCGUUGGCAUGUCGGCGCCGCAAAUUGGAGUUAACUUAAGGAUAUUUGUUAUGAGGGUUACAGCACUACAAAUCGGCAGCAUACCUUUGGAGCGUGCGAAAAUAAUUGGCAUGACUCCUUUAGCUCAUGCUGUGUACAUCAACCCUGAGAUCAAGGUGGUAGACUACCAGAAGGUGGUACACACUGAGGGAUGUGAGAGCUUCAAGGGAUACUCUGCAGAUGUACCCAGAUACAAAGCUAUUGAAGUUUCUGGAUACAAUGCUAAAGGUGAACCUACAAAGGAGGUAUACAAAGACUGGGGGGCGCGGAUAGCACAGCAUGAAAUGGAUCAUUUAGAUGGCAAGCUCUAUGUUGACAUAAUGGACAGGAAGACCCUGCACUGCCUGUGUUGGGAGGAAGUCAACUUGUCCAAGGGUAAAGUCACAAUACCUUUCACCCCUGAAUAGUUGCCAGGAAAAACUUAGGUAUAUGUAAGACUUGAAUAAUACAACUGUAUUUAUGAUAAGCCAUUUAUUCUCUGUAGCUAUUACAAUAGCAUAAACAUAUAAGUACAUUAAUAAUUUAUGUGUAUUUAACAUGUUUCAUAUAGUUUAAGUUUGAAAAACAAUAAAAUUGUUGCUGUUAUAUUGCUGUACCUAUUUGAUCCUCAUGUUAGUAAAUGUUAUGUUUCUAAUUAUGAAUGAAUAAUGUUUAUUAAAGAUACAAAACUUGAGAACUUAAAA